CAAUAGUGUCGCGUGGUUCGACGGACAACAGCGUUGACACCCUCCACAAACUUCAAAGCUGCGCGAGAUCACUUUUGCGAUCAAAUGUCCUGAUAGAAAAUUAGGUUUCGCAGCGCGCCAGUCAUGUACAGUACAUGCGAACGAUGGCAAGCUGGAACUUGGCUGGAACUUACCUCCAUCGGCUGGCGCCCAACACCAUCAUUCAUUUCGACAAAUAUAAAUACUUCAAUCCAGCCACCCCGGAAACUUACCAACUUGGUGCAUUUCAUUAACAGGCUGGGUCUCGCCGCGUCAGCACGUGGAUCACUCGAUUGGCACUCCGCUCUCUACUGGAUGUUUAUCGCCGCUGAUUUAAUAAACAGCGGAAUUUGUUAUUCAUGUUAUUGGUAUGACAAGAACCAUCACAUCGUGAUGCUCGACGACCAGCUUAUCAUCUUCGGCAUGAGCAAUAGGACAAGGAUACAACGGCUAUGCAAGCAAGAAACAGGGCGGGUGCAGCAAGGAAGAUACCGAUUGUGGUCCCUUGCUAUUGAGAAUCGUACAUAUCAGCCAGAGUUAUAUCUGUCUAACGUCGGCCUCUCUGUCGAUGAAGCCAACGAAACGCCGAUCGUGAUUCAUGACAGACGUGUUAUUCACGUAUACAGUCAAAGCCCAAGGUCAUACGGCGGGCAGACGGGCAUCGGUGAACCUGCGAACAGACGAAAGUAUGGACACAGCCUAAGACAUAUAAUGAAAUCGGCGAGACCGGUCAGUAUCAUGAGACAGUCCGUGAAGCAGGCUAAAUUCUGCAGUUGAAUGGUGAAGGGACGGUGUCGAAGCUAGAAUAGUCUAUGCAAAACGACGUGAUCCAAUAAUUAUUUCACUUGAUGGCAUGUCGCAUUGCGUACGUCGAGACUCGAGACACAAGCAUCAUUAAUAUUGCGGUUGGGAUCGGGGACUUGGCGGCGAAGUAAAAGAGUGAGAAAAGAAACUCGAAGGUUGCACGAAGGUGCACGAAGUCCUCCUGCCUAUUAUGGAUGCGUGAUGAUAAGGGGAUGCGGCUGUCUGGCACAGAGCGCUGUC